AUGGAGGAGGAUGAUGGGAAAAAAGUUUAUGCUUCUCCAACAUCGUCUCCUCCAACACCUCCCUCACCCCUCCCCAUCAGUGUAGGACCUGGCAACCAAAAGUACAUAUUUUCAGCGUCUCCGUCCCCCUCGCCGCCUUUCUCUCCACCUCCGUCGAGCCACACGUCAGCCGAGAACCUCCCUCUUCUGCACCAUGAUCAGAAGCUCUCUAGCCCUCCACUGCCAUCUUCAGCAUUCUCCUUGGAUUAUCGGCGGCCCCCUGAGGAUUUGGAUUCCAGGAGCUCAUGCCUUGCAGACUUGUAA